CGGUAUUACAAGGUACCACCUUCCAUCACCACGGGCAGGUUUUAUGUUGAGCUCAUGAAAGUUUGGAUACGAUACCUCAUCUUUAACAAUCCAUCAUCUCUUUUCAUCCAAUAAUACCUGCCAGUUUCAGGAUUGCCCUGAUGUGGCAGGGUGACCUUACUUUCUAAGACCGGGUGUCGAAAAUUUCAGUUCCAGACAGGCAAUUUCACUUCACCCAAUCUUUUAGAGAGAGGGAGCUCAGUCGUCCCCAUGGCGCCGUCCAAGAUUUCCGGCAACACAAAGCCACGAGGCGGAGGGAAAGCCACCGGCUCACUUUCCAAGCCAUUCAAGCUUGCGCCUGAAACCCUGCAGCCUUUCACUCUUUUUCUCUCCAAGAAACAUGUCUAUAUCACCCACAUCGACUCCAAACCGCGCCCCUUCAAACGGAAGAUCUUCGCCGUGCCGGUGCUCCUAAACGUCGUGGUGGCACUGCUCUUCCUCUGUCGCAUGUAUUAUAUCGGCCCGUACUAUCUCGACCUGCUCGCCUCCGCCCUGGGCUACUCUAAUUCCACGAGCGUCGACACCGCCGGCUCAACCUGGGGCCAGCUGGCCCUGGUCGUACUGCGGCGCAGCUUCACCUUCCUGCUGGACUUCUGCCUCGUCAUCUUCGUGUGGCCGUGGCCCGCCGAGUUUGCCCUCGGCCGGACCCACGGCAACCCGGUGAGGUGGCGGUGGAACGUCGGGUUCCGCGACCAGGAGAUCUACGUCCGGCGCAGCCGCUCGUGGGGCCAGCACGUCGGCGACGUGCUGGCCAACGCCGAGGGCAGGAACGCGCUCAUGACCUACGUGCGGCUCGCCACGUCUCCGAUGCUGCUGCAGGAGAAGACGGGCUACCUCACCAUGAACGGCGAGUGGGACCUGGACUGGGCGGCCAUGGUCAAGGCGCACGCGCUCGUGGAUGACAAGGCCAUUGCGCUCGACGCCUUUCGGACCCUCGUGCUGAUCCAUCAUCGCGAGUUCGGGUGGCUGUGCAUUGAUAUGAAUUUGGGAGGGAAUCCGAAGGAGGAAGAUAGGAGAAGGCAAGUCUUUGCUUUCAGGGACGCCCUCGCCGCCGUUGGCAAGGAAGAUUUGUUCUUCCGAUGGAUUGAGAUUGUUCAGUUCGAGGCUUCGCAGCCCGGCGGCUUUGGGGAAGAGAAGCAGGUUGAGGUGGCCCAGAGGAUCAGGGACCUGUUCCAGGCUAAUGGGCUAGACUUUGAUGAGUUUUGGCGGGAAAGCGUGGGAUCAGAGGCGUCCGCGGGCCUGAGCUGAUCUCAGUUGCACUUGCAUGAAUGGAUAUCUGUCUUGUAUCAUUAUGUAUCUAUAAGGCUCUGUAUUAACCUGACUCUCUCGCGGCCCUUUGGCUGCAAGAUUCCCUCCUGAUACUCACUCUGUUCGAUGAAUGGCAUCUUCUGUUGUGUCAAGCCGCUGAGUUCUCCAUACAAUGCGGCACUUGACCUGAUAUAAUACUGCGAAGUCUGGCGUAAGGGUUCUCAACCUUUUGGACCCUACCACCAGGAAGACAAGGGAGACCUUUUGCGGUUGAGAUGUUGGAAUCUGACUAGUACAAGC